AGGACUCACACAAGUGCUGUGCAUGUGCAAACCGCAGCCCGGGUUUCUGCUGCCUGCUUGACCGCCCAGCACAAGUGUCCUGUGCAGUCCUUAUUUUUCUCCGAGUUCCUCUCCAAGCCCGGCGCUUUUCUCUCUCCUUCUUGUCCACUCACUUCCGCAACUCCUAGCAACUCCUUAGUUCAUUUCUAGUCAAGCCGUACGACCGAGCAAUGUCCGCAAGCAGUCCCCCCAGCCCGACCACAAGCGGUGUCUCCAGUCCGGGUAGUCCGGAUGUGGUACCCGAGUGGAAUGUCAGGCACUUGAAAAUGCCGACAGCUCCUCCAUCUCGGAUCUCCGACAGUCCUCUGUUCCGGGAACUUCGCGAGUCCGUGGCGAAGGAGACCGUGGCCGUCACUUUCGCCUGUGGCGGCUCCGUCCCGGUCGUGCCCAGCCUGGUCGACGCAGCCGAGGAGGCCGACGACGAGGCCCUCCGGGCGACGUCCUGUCUUCCGAUCGAUCUCCGCUGGGACUCCGACGAGAAGGCAACCUUGUCUUCGGAGACCAAGCUCACCCUUCCACUCGAGCCGAACACGGAAAAUAAUCUGGACCGGCUCAUCAAGGACAUGACCCCGGCUACUUUUGGCCGCGGCGGUGAGCAUGUCUACGACGAGUCGUACCGCAAGGCUCUGAAGCUGGAUCCGACCCGCUUCUCUUCCACCUUCAAUCCGUAUGAACUUGGCAUCGUGGACACGAUUGCCCAAACCCUGUUGCCGAGCCUUCGCCACUCGCAGCAGACCAGGAGCGUCAAGGCUGAGCUGUACAAGCUGAACCUAUACUCCGGGCCGUCCGGCAAAUUCAAGGCGCACGUCGACACACCGCGCUCUCCCACCCAGUUUGGCUCCCUGGUCGUCUGUCUCCCGCUCGAGCAUCGUGGCGGUGCACUGGAAGUGAGACACAAGGGCAAGACGGUCACCUUCGACUGGAGCAACUCCAAGGACGACGGCAAGGGUGCCUCCGUCGGCUGGGCCGCCUUCUACAGCGACUGCGAGCACGAGGUCUUGGAGGUGACCGAGGGCCAUCGGCUCACGCUCACCUACAACCUCUUCUGUGUUCGGGGCAACGGCCAGCUCGGCGGGAACUGCCCUUGGCUCGAUGCCACACAUCUGCCGCUGUACAAGACUGUCCUCGCUCUGGUGCAAGACGAUGGCUGGGAAAAGGGUGAGUAGAACCCCCGGGCGCUUAUGGGUGGAGUGUGGCUGGCUGACCCGGAUGACGCAGGCGGAUACCUGGGAUACAACUGUAGCCAUGCUUAUCCCCAUACCAGCAGGACGAAGCUCAACUUCCUCGCGCCCGACAACCUCAAGGGUGCCGACAUGCUGAUGUACGAGAUCUUCCGCUCGCUCGGCUUGAAGGUCAGCUUCCGACCCGUCGUGACGGACCUUCACUAUUCCGAUGAAGGCGGCGAUGCGCGCCCGGUCGUUGGCCUGGAACUGCCUUGGGCCAUGUGGGGCUUUCUCGAUGACAGCGAGCUCCAGGAGACGUACGACGAGUGGACCGGGAAGGUCCCUGGGGCGUACAUGAAGCGUCAUCGUUGGUAUUGGACUAGGGAUCGGACGCGGACGCGGCAGCCAGAGCCGGAGCCGGAACCGACGCCGCUGCCGGAGUAUGUUCGUUUCGAGGACAUACACUGGCUCAAUGAUCUCGGACACAGAGAACCGCAGAUUUCCUGGACUGCUUACGGGAAUGAACCCUCAACCAUGACGACCUACUCUUACUGCGCCCUCAUCGUCGAAG